UUGGUUUACACAGACGCACAAGGCCUGUAGUUUGAAAGCUGUACCGUUAGCUACAUGGCGAACAAACUUAAUAUAUCUAUUAAUACAUUCAAGCGACUUUUUAGCCGUUUCACCCGGUAAGACGUGUUCUACGUUUGGACAAUGCAGUCGUCCGAGGGAGUACCGACCCGGCAGGAUACGUGGAAGCAGAUGUGUUUCUGAAUGGCAUUGUUUUAUUGCAAUUGACUUGAGUUGCCUUUAACUCCACGCAAUAGAAAGGGAAGCUAACUGGCUAAGUUGCUAGCAGCUAACAAGCUGACGGCAGCUGUCCAGCCAACUCGCGUGCUAAUUACUUCCUUGUUGCACACCGGAGAGUCGCGAAAAAGUUUGCGAGGAGGACACGGACUUUUUGGGGUCACACUUUACCAAUACAGCCAUAGGAUUCACCUGCUUUUAUGAACCACAACGUUUCAGAGGACUGGGCUUUAAAUCUGUAGCGGUUCUGGGCCUGCGCUUCACCCAUGAAAUGGAAUGCGUCUGUGUAGCUGGACACAGCUAGUGGAGCUAAAACGACUAGCAUUAGCUAGCAAUGUUGGAUUGUAUGAUUGUAUGUACUGAUGUAUGUCGGGAGUACAAUGGUUGAAUAUCGACUGACUGUGUAACUAAACACUAUAUUGUGGAUUUUGUGUGACGGAAUCUGUUGGUACUUAGUGUCAGUAGUUUGCGUCUGAGGUAAUUCACUUUUUUUUGCCCGUCAAUCGUGCGUGCCUUGUAAUGUUUAGCAUGUGAUGUAGCUAGCUGGCUGGCUGUCUUAUUGUGAAAUAGCUGUAGCCUCAGCUAACUAGCCUGUUACAGAGCUAGCCCAAUGUUUUGUUGCAACACUAACUUUGCCAUAUUUUAGGCAAAGUACGUGAUUUAAUGGUUAUUCUCAACGCGACUGCGUAGUAUUUAUUUUGCAGAUAAAUGCCUAAUUCGGGCGUGCUUCGCGAGGGUCGGGUGCGGAGCCCUUCAGCACAGAGAAAUGCUAACAGGCAGGAUAGGCGUUGUAAACCAGUGAGUGGAUCUGCUCAGCGAGAGAGACACCGUGAGAAGAGCCGGUCGUCGGCGUCCAGGAGAAAGAAACGCAGGCAGGCCAAGGGAAGAGACUUAUGUCAAACCGGUACAUCAGAGGACCCUGACCGAAAAAGCACUUUUGAUAAAGAGGUUGAAUUACGAACGUUGGUGGAGUAUGACGACGUGAGUUCCCAGUCAGAGCGAUUUUCUGGGAGCCCCUCUCCGAUACUGGACCCCCAUGGCGGUCGGCUCUCAGUGGACCGACUCAGCGAUGUUGACUUUGGCGACUGCAACGGGCCAGCACCCCCAAACCGAAGUCAGCCGAGAGACCGGGAGGCAGUGUGCCGCAGCAAGGACAAACAAACAAGAGGACCAUCUGAAAGGAGCAAACAAGAAAAGGAGCUGGGGAGGAAAAAAGACCGCCAGAGUCGGGAGAGAGACUCCUCCAAAGCUCGGAGUGGAGGCGGCCUUAGUGGCUCUAAAAACCACAAAGACACAGCAAGGAGUAAUGACAGAAAUGGGAAAAGGACAUGUACAUCUCAACUCGUACAAUCUGCAGAUAAAAAGGAUUCCAAAAGUCACAGAAGUACAACCAGAUCUGACAAAGAGCCCCCAUCCGCAUACAGAGAUGCGCCACAAUCUUACAGAGAUGACCGUGAAGAUCUGAGGGCAUACAAGCGAAGUCCUGCUUUAAAAGUAGACAGUCCCUAUGGGACAGCAUACCCUUACAGCUACCAGUCUCCUGGUGGUUAUAACCAGCUGAUAUGUAGAAGAAGUCCAUCUUAUGGGAGCAAAAAACAAUCUCCCAGUUCCACAUAUCACACCCGCGAUGUAGAUGCGUAUGGGGCCUAUGGCAUGCCAAAGUCACCCAGUUCAUACUCCAGCAACAAAAGGAAGCGCUCCCCUGUGAGCCCAGUAAACUGGCGCAGGUCACCGAGUUAUGGCCGACACAGUCCGUAUGAACAAGGAGAGUUUGGGUCAAGUCCUUAUGGAAACCGCAGGAGAUCACGAAGUCCAUACAGGAAGUCCCGGAGCCCAAGUCCAGAUGUCAGGCGAUCUGCUAGGUCACGUAGCAGAAGUCCGUAUUCAUCCUCAAGGCAUUCACGUUCUCGCAGCCACCAUCGCCACUCUCGUUCCCGUAGUCGCCCCUCUAGCCUCUCACCAAGCACACUCACCUUCAAAACCAGUCUUGCUGCUGAACUGAGUAAGCAGAAAAGGGUUAAAGCUGCUGAAGCAGCUGCCAAGGCCAAGAACUCCAGCAACACAUCUACUCCAACCAAGGGUUCCUCAUCUGUUCACCAACCGAGUCCGAAGUCUAAUCACACAUCUAGGAAGGGCCGCCCCCCCUCUCCACCUCCACCAGAUAAAGUUCCCAAAACUCGAUCAUCAAGCCAGCCACAGUCUCCCUCUGAUCGGUCAUCUAAGAGGACCACAGACCAGCACAUAGCCAGGGACAAAGAUGGAAAGGGGCAGGACGACUCUGUGCAUCGGGAUAAUAGGAAAGCAGUAGCGUCUGGACAGGGCAAAGAUAAAGAACAAGUGACUGGUCUUCUCAGCUCUGCUCUGUCAUCACAACCAUUGUCCCAGACUGUUGCUGAGCAAACUGAUAAAGCAGAAGGCUUGAAGGAUGGCUUGGUCUCAGGGAAGAAAAAAUCGGAGAGAAAGGCACGUCAGCUUCUGACCGACUUGCCCCUACCCCCUGAACUUCCUGGUAGCAUGCCCUCCCCACAUAGCCCACUCGAGGACAAAAAGUCACAAACAAUUCGCAGAAGACCGAAAAUUUGCGGCCCACGAUAUGGUGAGAUCAAGGAAACAGAGAUAGAUUGGGGCAAACGCUGUGUGGACAAGUUUGAGAUAAUUGGAAUCACAGGGGAAGGUACUUAUGGACAGGUGUACAAAGCUAAAGACAAAGACACUGCUGAGAUGGUGGCUUUGAAGAAAGUUCGACUGGACAAUGAAAAGGAGGGGUUCCCAAUCACAGCCAUCAGAGAGAUUAAAAUUUUGCGACAACUCAACCAUAAAAGCAUCAUAAACAUGAAGGAAAUUGUCACUGAUAAGGAGGAUGCUCUAGAUUUCAAAAACGAUAAAGGUGCUUUCUAUCUUGUAUUUGAAUACAUGGACCAUGACCUAAUGGGUUUGCUUGAGUCUGGCCUGGUUCAUUUCAACGAGAGCCACAUAAAGUCUUUCAUGAGACAGUUGCUGGAGGGUCUUGAUUACUGCCACAAGAAAAACUUUCUUCACAGAGACAUCAAGUGCUCUAAUAUUCUGCUCAAUAACAAAGGUCAAAUAAAGCUUGCAGACUUUGGUCUUGCUCGGCUGUAUAAUUCUGAAGAAAGUCGACCGUACACCAACAAAGUUAUCACACUAUGGUACCGUCCCCCAGAGCUGCUCCUGGGAGAAGAGAGGUACACGCCUGCCAUUGAUGUGUGGAGCUGCGGAUGCAUUCUUGGUGAACUGUUCACAAAGAAACCCAUUUUUCAAGCCAACCAGGAGCUUGCCCAGUUAGAGCUCAUCAGCCGGAUAUGUGGUAGUCCCUGCCCUGCUGUCUGGCCAGAUGUAAUAAAACUCCCCUUCUUCAACACCAUGAAGCCAAAGAAACAGUACAGGAGACGGUUACGGGAGGAGUUUGCUUUCAUCCCUCCGUCUGCCUUGGAUCUGUUUGACCACAUGUUAAACCUGGACCCCAGCAAACGCUGCACGGCCGAACAAGCUCUAGGCAGCGAGUUCCUCAAGGAUGUGGACCCAGACAAGAUGCCCCCACCAGACCUUCCACUGUGGCAGGAUUGUCAUGAGCUGUGGAGUAAGAAACGUCGGCGACAGAAGCAGAUGCCAGAGGAACUGGUGGCCCCGAAGGCGCCCCGUAAAGAACUGGGCCUCGAUGACAGCCGCAGUAACACUCCCCAGGGAUUUCCUGCUCCUGGAGGUAUCAAAGCUCCAACUGCGGCUGCUUCUGCACUGCUCGAUGCAAAGGGUCCAAACACCCAGUUGACACAGGAGCAGCUGGCAGUUCUGCUGAACUUCCUUGGCCAGCCCAAGAGUGCAGUAAACAUGGCACAGUUUGUCCAGUCCAUGAGUACAAAGGUCAACCAGGAGACAUUACAGCAGCUGUCCAAAGCCCUAGCCCCCACUGACCCUGCUGACCCUCCUGUUCAACUUACACCUGUCAAGCCUCCCCAGACUACUGCUCCUGCAGGACUGCCUCGUACACCCCCGAUGCCCAAGCCCCCUUCACCCCCCAUGUCUGCAUUAUCAGGUAUUCCAGAAGGAGAGGCUGCAGCUGCCACCCAGACAGCCAUGACGAUGCUGCUGGCUCAAUUUCUCCAAGCUCAACAAGCUCAGAGGCAGGAACCAAGUGAUGGCAGAGAAGGAGCAGAGAGCACCAACCCUGCAGGGGCUGCAACAGGAGGCCAUCUUCUACCUCCAGAAGUCAAACAGCCUCCAGAACCAAGCCCGGUCUCUCCAGUGUCUGAUGUAGGUUCCGUGUCAAUCCUGCCCCCAGACCAGAGACCACCUGAGCCUCCAGAACCACCCCCACAUGCUGACCUGGACUAUCGGCAGCCUCCACCUGAGCCCACCAUAGGCCAUGCUCCCCCCAUUGCAUCUGCUGGUGGAGGUGAUGGUGGGAGACCUCCUGAACAGGAUUACCCCCCUCUCGCUUCUGCUGAAGGGCCCGGGUACAGGGGAGAGUUCAGCCGUCCCCCGCCUCCACACUUCACGCCUACAGGGUUAGGGGACAGGUACAUGGGUCACAUGUUAGGUGGAGGUCUACCUUCUCACACUCUGAGAGAAGUGGUAAGCGGACCUGGCCAGGCCACAGGCUCCUCGUCAUGUGCGGGGGUUCUUACCACAACUCACCCAGACCCCUUCCCUCCGGGCAGUGGAGCCACCGGACCCAGCAGCAUGGUGUUCACUGGGGACAAAGACCACCGUUUUGAAUACAAUCCCAGCCGCCUGCCUGUAGAGGGACAGCCCAACCCCAGCGUUAUCCACCUGUAUAACCAUGCCAUGGCGAGAAAGGAGGGUGUACCUCUUCCCCCACCCAUCCCAGCACCAGGACAACCCUGGGGCUCCCCUUCUCAAGUCGGGGCUCCACCACUACCCUUAGGCUUUGUUCCACAUGUGAACUCAACAGCAACUAUCAGAGGACGAGGACUGCCAUUCUGAAAGACCGGAAAUCUAAGAUGGCAGUUUGUGACAAUGGACAAAAGGACUCUAUUUUGAGCCUGAAGCUUCUCAGGCCAGACCAGAGGGACGUGGACAUGCCCAACUCAAUUUGAAAUAACUUUAAACUGUGUAAGGCACUGUGCUCCCCCUCAGUCUGGAAUGUGGAGUACGUUGCAGAAGGACAGCUGAGCAACACCGGCGGAGCUUUUCUUGCUCAUACCAUUUUCAUAUUUUUUUUGUAAUCUAUUCUGCUGUCUUUUAAAUUAAACUUUUACCUUUUUGAGUGUACACUUAUCAGGCAGGUACAUUUGAAACCUCUACCAUAGUCUGUCUGUAAUUGUUCCAAGGCAGAUAUUAUUUUGCAAUGAAAGGAAAUGGAUAAUGUGUUUUCCCAGCACAAUUAGGAAUAUGACCAUUAAUAUAGUGUCCUCUCUUUUUAUGACCAUGAUUAUGUUGAAAAUUGUGACAACUCACUUGAUUGGGUUGACGUGUUAGAGGUUAGCACAGGUAGCUAUUUGAGGAAAAGGAUGGUUGUAUCCAGAGAGACUGGAAGCACUUGAACAACUGCAGCAAAUCCGAUCAGAUUUAAUGGAGAGUCUGUAAUCACUGUCAUUUCCACUUACAUUUUUGCCAGUAGUUGUAAAAUCAUGAGCAAAACACUCAAGUGACAAGAGUUCUUAAAGGAAACAAUGUCUUAUGUACUCAAAUGACACACCCUCCCUUCUCCUUUGGCAAAUGUUUAUUAAAGAAAUGCCAAAUGUA